AUGCUUAUUCGUGGAGUUAUUCCAUCUCGAAUUAUUAGCACUUUAAGAUUUAAUAAUGGUAUUCGAAUUUAUUAUUCUACCGGUAGUGAAAGUAAUGCUGAUGGAUUGGCAGGAUCUGAUACUUUAAAACAAAGUGAUUCUACUUUGGAGACAACUUGCGAUCCGGUGAUAGAGGCUAUGAUCUCAAAGACAAGAGGUAAGAAGAGAAAACCAUCUAAGGCUUCAUUCGUCGUUUUAAAUCCAACACAAGCAGGUUUACUGAGGAAAAGACAUAUACCAUCUGAAUUCUCUAAGAAGAAUGGCGAGAAACUUUCCAUUUUAGAAGGCAUCGAAUUAGACAAAGAUAUGCCAUCUACCAAAAUAGCCACUCGUGACAAUGAUAUUGGGGACAAAUCAGAGACCAGCAAGAUUUUAAAUGAGAUCGAAAACAGUAGAAAACGAUUAUUGGUAUUUGCAAGUACUGCUUCUCAAGGUGAAGCUGCAAAAUCAAUUAAUUAUCAGAAACCUACGGUCAAAAAGAUGUCCCAGGAAAGAUAUGAUCAACUGAAGUACCUUUUGGAUACUGGUUAUACAGUUCCACAAUUAAGAGCAUAUACCAAAAAAUACUAUAAUGAUAGCAACAAUAAACUUGUGAAACAUGACUUAAUUAAAAAAGUCUUGAAUGAUUAUUGGGGUUGUAUUGUUACAAAGAAUGUUAAAGAAGCUGAUGAUGUGAUUAUAGAAAGAAUCAUUGACAUUAGCACUAGGGAUAUGUAUUUAUUAUUAUUAACAAAUAAUGGUAAAAUCAUGCAUAAUUUGGCUCGUAUUGGUGCGACUUUAGCGGUAGUAUUGGAUGAAAACAAAAUUAUUGUAAGGGGUACCUCUGCCAUUAUAAAAUAUGUUGAAGUGUCUCUAAAUAAAAUUUUGCAAAAUGUGGUUACAGAAACAAUGCCUAUAUCGGAUAUAAUACAAUUUCAUACUGCAAAAGGAGCAAAACUUAUGACUUAUGAUGAAACUAGAGAUCUUACAGGGCUAAUUCAAAGAGUUAGUGGUGCCUUUUUUGAGAAAGUACCUUCUGAAAAUAACCAGGACAGUAUUGAUUACACACUUGCUUCAUUAGGUAGGAAGAGGAUAGAAGACGCUAAAAAAUUAUUUCUAUGGGCAAUGAAUUAUGAAUGUCAAUUACAAGAAAAAUUUGGAAAUUGUACCGAUCCAUCUUUAAUUUAUAAGAACUAUCCAUAUACUUCUAACGAAUGUCUUGAUUGGAUAAAUAGAAGUAAAGAAUGGUAUAGAGUCCAAAGUGUACAAGCGGUAAAUACUAUACCAGAUGAACCAAAUACAGAUACUCGCUUACAUUUGGAAAAUGAAACUAUUGAAACAUAUAGAAACUUCCUGAAUGGACAAGAAUCUAGUGAUCUAAAUACCAAAAUGAUGAAGCUUUCUUCAAAACUUUUACAGAAUAAAACAAACAGUAUCACGUUGGGUCAAAUUCUAAGGGAAAAUAAUGUGGAUAAAUAUAACUCAUAUAUGUUCCAACCUAGAAUUCCUCAAAUCACAAGUAAGUUAUUGCAAUUACCACUGUUUGAUAAUGUAACUCCUGAAAAUGACUUAUACUCAAUUGAUCAACAUGAUUAUUAUGUUCAAAUGAAGUUUAUUCCAAACUUAUCUUCCAUAUCUGAUGAAUCAUUCAACGCCCCACCGUUGGAAAUCUGGUGUGAAUUAGACGAUAAUGACAAUGCUAUUUUGACAUCUGCGCAAUGUAUCUUAUUAAUGGAACAGAAAAGAUUAUUUUUAGAAUCGGGGCAUCUUCCCCACGAUUAUAGAAUUGACCGUGACACCACUGUAAACUUGACAGAAUCAUUUGAACUUAAUCAAGAAAACUGGCUAAAUGAUCAACCAGGUUUAAAAGAAUUUUUUAGGAAGGCAAAAUUAAAGUUUGGACAAGGUGGUAAAGUUGAAGUUCCAGGCCAAGUUAAAUUAAGUUUGCCAAUGGUUAAUUCAAAUGGUAUCGACAAAGUAGUUGAUGUUAAUUACGAUUACAUCAACAUUACCUACAGAAGAGUUUUAAGAUUGAAAUAUAUGGAUAAAUAUCUUGUUCAAUUUUCUGAUAUCAACGGUGGUUCACGUGGUGGUAGAUAUACUCAAGUUGAUUUUGUUGGUGAUGGUAGUGAAUUAGAUUCAACAGAAAACCUAAGAAAUUUCAUCACAGAUAUAUCCAGUAACUUUUGA